GCUUUAGUUUUCAUUAAUAGGGUUGUUGUGGUUAAUAUUUCUUUCUCGUAUCAUUUUCUUACAUUUUAUCAUCUUUUUAUUAAAUUUAUAGUUAACUUUAGGUGACGUGGAAGUCCCAAGGAGGGUACCAUUCAUUAAUGGUAGUGAGUUGAGGGGCACAACUAAGAAAUUUGAAAAAGCAUGAGUACACCUUAGAAACUCGACUACCUUAGGGGCAUAGCUUAGAAAAACCCAAAAAAAAAAAAAACAGAGGAAAUAUUAAACAAUGCACUUCCUACAUCUAUAAAUAGACGUGAACCCAUGCAUUUAUCUAACACCAUCAAAAUUCAUACUCCGUAAUAACUUAGUUUGUACUCUUAUUUUAUACAGCUAGCUAAAUAAUCUUCAUACACUACACAACCAUUUAUUAUGGCUCUUAUGGCACAAGACACGACUCCCCUAGUGUUAAACGUUGCACGAGGGGAGCGAGAGCUAGUGUGCCCGGCUGAGCCAACACCACAAGAGCUAAAACCACUCUCAGAUAUCGAUGACCAAGAGGGUCUUCGGUUUCAAAUGCCAGGCAUAAUGUUUUACCGGUUUGACCCUUCCAUGGAGGGGAAAGACCCGGUGAAAGUAAUCAAGGAUGCUCUGGCUAAGGCUCUUGUGUUUUUCUACCCCUAUGCUGGACGGCUAGUAGAAGGGCCUAAGAGGAAGCUCAUUGUCGAUUGCAAUGGUGAAGGCGUGCCCUUUAUCGAGGCUGAGGCAGAUGCAACGCUAGAGGAUUUCGGAGAUGAAAUUCAUCCUCCAUUUCCUUUGGAAGAUUUGCUUUAUGACAUUCCUGGUACAAAUGGAAUCCUUGGCACUCCCUUGCUCAUUGCACAGGUAACCCGUCUUAGAUGUGGUGGAUUCAUAGUGGCCAUUCGAGGAAACCAUGUUAUCGCCGAUGGCACAGGUGUAAUGCAACUAAUGAACGCGGUAGGCGAACUAGGGAGAGGCUUCACCACCCUAUCCAUCCCCCCAGUUUGGGAUCGUGAACGCUUAACCACGAAAGAAUCCACAAAUGUCACCUUUUCUCACCCCGAGUAUGACCAACACGAAGAAGUCGAUCAACAUCACUCCGAUAAUGAUCAAGCCAACCUUGUCCAACAAUCCUUCCUCUUUGGACCAUCCGAGCUUGCUGCCCUACGCUGCCAUGUCCCUCCUUAUAUUGAACAAUUCUCCACUUUCGACAUCCUUAGCGCCUCCCUUUGGCGGUGUCGUACCAUAGCACUUGGUCUAGCCCCCGAGGAAGAGGUCCGUCUACUGUUCGCUGUUAAUGCAAGGAACAAGUUUAACCCGCCCUUAGCGAAGGGAUACUACGAAAAUGCGUGUGCAUUUCCGGCAGUUUGCGCUAGGGCAAGUGAUAUAUGUCACAAUAGCGUAGAAUAUAUAUUGGACCUCAUUAGGUCUACCAAAAAAGAAGUGAAUGAGGAAUACAUGAGGUCAAUUAUGAACCUUAUGAUAAAAAAUGAUAGGCCAGCAUUUACGGUACGUCAAACAUACGUGGUGUCCGACCUAAGACAUUUAGGGUUUGCAGAUGUGGAUUUUGGUUGGGGAAAACCCAUUUACGGAGGGCCAGCUAGUAACGGGUCAGUACCAGAUGCAAGCUUCUUUAUUACCUUUAAGAACAAGAAAGGAGAGGCUAUGAUUAUGGUGCCCAUUUCCUUGCCCCCUACGAUAAUGGAUGUUUUUGUUAAGGAACUACGAGCUAUGAUUGACUUUUGAUCUACCCCUCAACAUUCAACCAUUUUUAGAAUUUAAGUAUUGCAAAUUUGCAAGGUGCUUUCAAGUAUUUUGGUUCUUAAUUUUUCAAUUGUU